AUGUACGCCGUUGAGCAGGAAAGGGCCCAUCCGGUGCCGCCGCCACCACCACCUCUUUCAAUGGAUCGCAUCUCUGCGCCGUCCGCUGCAUAUCCCACACCAGGCACCGGCCCGCUACGUCCCUCCGAUCAUCUUGCGCCCGUGACCACUUUGCAUGAAGGCCGCUUCUGGUCAUUGCAAGUCGUUCAACAGCCCAUCCGAGCUCGCAUGUGCGGCUUCGGUGAUAAGGAUCGACGACCAAUUACACCGCCGCCGUGUAUCCGACUGAUUGUGAGAGAUGCGCAAACGGACAAGGAGAUUGAUAUCAAUGAGAUCGAUACUUCAUUCUACGUACUCACCGUCGACCUAUGGAACGCCGAUGGCACCAAUGAAGUCAACCUCGUCAAGCAUUCGGCUACCUCACCGUCAAUCUCAACCGCCAUGUCAUCUUCGUACCCGCCUCCACCCCAGAGCAUGUCUCCCACCUACCCGGGUUACAGCCAGCCCUAUGCCAACCCUGUCGGAUAUCCACCCGUGGGCAACUACUACGGAGGCGCACAGAUGCCAUAUCAGAACACUUACAACCAGGCAGUAGGCUACAACCCUCAGUACGCUUACCAGGCUCAAAAUCAAAUGCAACCGGCCAUGUCUCCCGCACCGCCAGUUACCGGUGGACCCGGAGGAAUGUUCACUCGCAAUCUGAUCGGAAGCCUGAGCGCCAGUGCUUUCCGGUUGACAGACCCCGACAACAAGAUUGGUGUAUGGUUUAUCUUGCAGGAUUUGAGUGUGCGAACAGAAGGCUCUUUCCGACUUAAAAUGAGUUUUGUCAAUGUGGGGACGCAGUCUCCCGAAACCACCAAUGGCGCGCCCGUGAUUAACCACGGCACGGCACCAGUUCUCGCGUCGGUCUUUAGUGAGCCUUUCCAGGUUUUCUCGGCAAAGAAGUUCCCAGGUGUUAUUGAAAGCACUCAGUUGAGCAAAUGCUUCGCGCUGCAGGGCAUCAAGAUUCCCAUCCGAAAGGACGGAGUAAAGGGUCCUCGCGGUCGUGGUGGCGGUGACGAUGACGAAGAUGAGGGCGAUUACUAG